AUGGCCACUGAGACGUAUGACGGUGCCAUUGGCAUCGAUCUGGGUACCACCUACUCCUGCGUUGCCACCUACGAGGGUAGCAAUGUCGAGAUCAUCGCCAACGAGCAGGGUAGCUUCACCACCCCCUCGUUCGUCUCUUUCACCGAGAGCGAGCGUCUCAUCGGUGAGGCCGCCAAGAACCAGGCCGCCAUGAACCCCAAGAACACCGUCUUCGAUAUCAAGCGUCUGAUCGGUCGCCGCUUUGACGACCCGACCGUCAAGAAGGAUAUCGAGUCCUGGCCUUUCAAGGUUGUCGAUGACAACGGCAACCCCAAGGUCGAGGUUGAGUACCUCGGCGGCACCCACACCUUCUCUCCCCAGGAGGUUUCCGCCAUGGUUCUUACCAAGAUGAAGGAGAUUGCCGAGACCAAGAUCGGCAAGAAGGUUGAGAAGGCGGUCAUCACUGUUCCCGCCUACUUCAACGACAACCAGCGUCAGUCCACCAAGGAUGCUGGUGCCAUUGCUGGCCUUAACGUUCUCCGUAUCAUCAACGAGCCUACUGCUGCUGCCAUCGCCUACGGUCUUGGCUCCGGCAAGUCUGAGAAGGAGCGCAACGUCCUGAUCUACGAUCUUGGCGGUGGUACUUUCGAUGUCUCCCUCCUGAAUAUCCAGGGCGGUGUUUUCACCGUCAAGGCGACUGCUGGUGACACCCACCUUGGUGGCCAGGACUUCGACACCAACCUCCUUGACCACUGCAAGAAGGACUUCACCCGCAAGACCAAGAAGGAUCUGUCCGGUGAUGCCCGUGCCCUGCGUCGUCUCCGGACUGCUUGCGAGCGUGCCAAGCGUACCCUCUCUAGCGGUGCCCAGGCCACCAUUGAGAUCGACUCGCUCUUCGACGGCGAGGACUUCAACAUGCAGAUCACCCGUGCUCGUUUCGAGGAGCUGAACAGCGUCGCCUUCAAGGGCACCCUUGAUCCCGUUGCCCAGGUCCUCAAGGAUGCUGCCAUCGAGAAGAGCGGCGUUGACGAGAUCGUCCUCGUCGGUGGUUCUACCCGUAUCCCCCGUAUCCAGAAGCUCCUCAGCGACUUCUUUGACGGCAAGAAGCUCGAGAAGAGCAUCAACCCCGAUGAGGCUGUUGCCUAUGGUGCCGCCGUCCAGGCCGGUAUUCUCUCCGGAAAGGCUGCCUCUGCCGAGACCGCCGACCUCCUCCUUCUCGACGUGACCCCUCUGAGUCUUGGGGUGGCUAUGGAGGGAAACAUUUUCGCGCCAGUUGUCCCCCGUGGUUCCACCGUUCCUUGCCUCCGCAAGCGAACCUUCACCACUGUUGCCGACAACCAGCAGACCGUUCAGUUCCCCGUUUUCCAGGGCGAGCGUGUUAACUGCGACGACAACACCUCUCUGGGCGAGUUCACUCUGGCUCCUAUCCCCCCGAUGCGUGCCGGUGAGGCCGUUCUCGAGGUCGUCUUCGAGGUCGACGUCAACGGUAUUCUCAAGGUCACAGCCACCGAGAAAACCUCCGGCCGAAGUGCCAACAUCACCAUCUCCAACUCCGUGGGCAAGCUCUCCACUGCUGAGAUUGAGAACAUGAUCAACGAUGCCGAGAAGUUCAAGUCGAACGACGAGGCCUUCAGCAAGCGCUUCGAGGCCAAGCAGCAGCUUGAGUCCUACAUCGCCCGUGUCGAGGACAUUGUCUCCGACCCCACCCUGUCUCUGAAGCUCAAGCGUGGCCAGAAGGAGAAGAUUGAGCAGUCUCUCAGCGACGCCAUGGCUCAGCUCGAGAUUGAGGACUCCAGCGCUGACGACCUCAAGAAGAAGGAGUUGGCUCUGAAGCGCAUUGUCACCAAGGCUAUGUCCUCGCGAUAA